GUAUAAAUACAUCCCACAAACCCCUCUGUUUUUCUCACUUCAAAUUAAACCCCCACCUUAUCCAUUUCUUCUUCUUCUUUCAGUGUGCGAAUCUUCUGAACUCCGGCGGGCGGCGAUGGCGACCGCCGACACCGUGAAGUUGUUGGGGACGUGGUGGAGCCCGUUCGUGCUCCGAGUCCGGAUAGCUCUGAACCUAAAGUCGGUGGAGUAUGAGUUCAUUGAGGAACCAAUGUUUCCCAAGAGCGAGCUCCUCCUCGAAUCCAACCCGGUUUACAGGAAAGUGCCCGUCCUCAUCCACAACCACCGCCCCAUCCCGGAAUCCGCCGUCAUCGCACAGUACAUCGACGACGUCUGGUCCUCUUCUUCUUCUUCUUCUCCUCCGCCGCCUCCGUCGUCCAUCUUUCCCUCAGAUCCUUACCACCGUGCCACCGCCCUCUUUUGGUCCCGCUAUAUUGACCAUGAGAUAUUCCCAAUUUUCCACGGCUUAUGCUUUGCAACGCACGAGAGAGACAAGAAAGAGGAAAUGAAGAAGCUUGCGGAAAAGAUAUCUCCAUUGGAAGAUGUACUGUGUCUAAUAAAGAGGAAAGGCAAUAAUAAAUUCUUUGGGGGGGAGAGGAUUGGGUGGCUGGACAUUGCUCUGGGAAGCCUCGUGGGUUGGUUCAAGGCGGUGGAGGCGGCGUGUAACGGCGGCGUCGGGUUUUGUUUUGAGGGGAGUCCGAGUUUGUCCCGAUGGGCGGAGGAUUUCGCCGCCGAGGAUGCCGUCAGAGGCGUCCUGCCGCCGGCAGAGGAGCUGGUGGAGUUUGCCAAGGGGUUGUCUGAGAUUUUGAAAGGGGCCCGGAAAUCCAAUUGGCUUUGCUUGCCGGUCUGAUUUUCCCAUUAUGUUGCCUUUCUUCUCCUUCGGGUUUCAUUUCAAUUGUCUCUAUUAUAUUGGUGUGUUCUUUCUUUUGUUUUUGAGUAGACUGUAUGUCCCUACU